UUGUAACAUGUUUAAGCCAGCUGUGGAUUUCUAACAGAAUGAUAUAAAAAGAAAUUUGUUGCUAGAAACUUAAAAUGCAGUGCAAAAUAAGUCCCUCCAAAAACUUCGAGAAAGAAAAUAAUCUUGGAAUUUGUUUAAAGAAACCAGUUGCAAUUUCAUAUGCAACUAUUGCUGCUAGAAUCAGGUCAUACUCAAAUUGGACGCGAACUUCUCCAAAGCCAGUAGAUCUAGCUGAUGCAGGAUUCUUUUAUGCAGGAACAGAAGAUGUUGUGCAGUGUUUUUACUGUGGUUUGAAACUGAAAAGUUGGGAUGUUUUCGAUAAUCCUUGGGUAGAACAUGCUAGACACGGGAAGAACUGCCCGCAUGUCAGUAAUGUUAAAGGUGGUCAAUUCUAUAAACAGAUAAAUCAGGUCGAAGAGGAUGGACCUACAAGUAAAUCAGGUACUAUACAUGUUAAUAAGUUUAUUUUUAAAAAAGAAGAUGACGUAUGA